GGAUAGUCGUGGGCGUGGUUGUUCGUGGUGAAGUAUUAUCGAGUGCCAACGGAACUGCCUAGUGGGGUUAAAUAAGUAAUAUAUGUGUAGAUAUACUUAUGUUUUUAUGGUAGUAUUCCUGUGGGGACUGUGUGAUACAAAGACUUUUUGUGCAGAGUUUUACUUUCUGUGUACCAAUUCUAAAAGCUAUAGAGCCUUGCAGCAGAGAAGUACGAAAGUACUUACUUAACAUUAGGAUAGGUGGAGUGUUAGCAUGUUACAUGUACGGUAAUCACCGAUGAAAGUCGAAAGCUGACACACGUGAUCUGGACGAGGAAACUGCUGUACCUACAUCAUGAGAAGGAAAUUGUACGUGUUGCUGCUGUUCUUAGCAGUCUUUGACUUUCCAGAAGGUCAGUGUUUUGAAAACCCUGAAUGCCUUUGGGAUAAUUUCAUGUGUCAAGAAGGAGAAUGCAUCUUUGAAUCUUGGGUUUGCGACGGCAGGCAAGACUGUAACAACAAUAAGGACGAGGAGAGAUGCGGGCCGCCAUGUGAACUUCACUUCUUUGGAUGCAACAAUGGGACUUGCAUUUCCCAGGAAAAGAUAUGUAAUGGGCAUAAUGACUGUAGUGAAGGAGAAGAUGAAGCCAGUUGUGGAAAUAUAUGUUACGGCACAGAAUACCAGUGUUCUGACGGACAGUGCAUAUCUGGGCAUAGUCGAGUUUGCGAUGGUAAAAAGGACUGUAGAGAUGGAAGUGAUGAAUCAAGAUGUG